AUGAAUCGGGUUAUUGCAGAUUCGCAGGUGAAGAACUACUUUCUUAAAGCUUCGAGAACAGCGCUUCUCGAAUACAUUGGUGGGCUAUGCCAGGCCCUACAGAGAUAUACGUUGAACCCGGACAUCAUUCCUCCCCGGAUUGUGCAGACAACACCCGACGGUACGACAUUGCACAUGUUCAUGCCUGUUAUCGAUGACGUUUUUAGUGGUGUUAAGACACUGGGGUACAACGCGAGCAGCGGCGAGGGGUUUACGGGCGUAGUGAACGUGACUGACUCGCAUUCGGGGAGCCUCGUUGGAGUGGUGAUGGCCAAGCAGCUCACGGCGGUGAGAACUGCAAUGACCAGCUGCAUUGGGCUUGUGGACCAAAUCAAGAGAUUCGGCAGCCAUGUUGAAAUUACAGCUUUCGGUACGGGUUUGCAGGUGUUCUGGCACGUCGUUCUGGCUUAUAGGCUUUUGGAGGCGAGAUCUGUGACGAUAAAUGUGGUUUACCGCUCUGCGCCCAUGGAUGUUGCAUCCUUGCAAAGCCUCUUGCCGAAUGCGAACUUUGUGCAGGUGCAAUUAGAUGACAAGAAUGCCAUUUCAGAAGCGGUGUCGCAUAGCGACGUCAUUUUCGGCUGUGUACCCUCGCAACAACCAGCCUUGCUGUUGCGAGACCUCGAGAAAAGUAAUAGGCCUUCGUUUACCUACGUUUCUCUGAUCGGUAGUUACAAGCCGCACAUGCACGAGUGUGACGGUGCAUUGAUUGAGCGUUUUCAAGCGCAACACGCUAAGAUUAUUGUGGACUCCAAGGAGCACACGUUGCUCGAGGCUGGAGAGCUGAUUGACGCGCAGGUUGCCCCAUCGGAACUAGUUGAGGUGGGUGAACUUGGGGCAGAUUCGAAGAUCACGAUGAAAUGUGAAAACGGCAAACAAGUGAAUCUUUGUAAGAUCGUCGGACUAUCAAUUAUGGAUAUAAGUGUUGCUAAGAUUUUGUUGGCAAACUUGAGCGCUUGA